AUGGCAAUUCAAGAGAACCAUGAACAUCAAGAAGUCAAUAAAGCUGGUACAUGGUUCCAGCUCUCCACUGCAUAUAGAGAUCUAGUUCCAGAGUCUUCAUCUCCAUCUGGCCAUUCAAAUUAUUACACAUUGGUUCCAUAUCAAUUCCCUAUCACUAUUCAAUUACAAGGCUUAGAAGCUAUAUCAGAUGCUCUGGUAGAACAAAUUAGAUGGGACAACCCUAUGGUAAUUGAGGAACUCAAUAUUCUCUUUGGCCUUGAUGACAAAAAGACUCAAGACUUCAUUAAUAACUGGUGCCUAAAGGCCACACAAAUUACUUUGGAUUCCAUUGUCAAGACUUACCAAAUUGAAAAGAAAGCUUUUGAUAAUAAAUCCUAUUGGCAUUAUGUGCACAACAACAUUAACCCAGCAUCAGUUUGGCCUUCUUCUCCUCCUGAGAACUUGGUGGAAGAAGAGAAUCAUAAUAAUCACUAUUAGAAAUUGCUGCUAUCACUCUUCUUAUUUUUAUUUCCUAUGUUUUUCCUUACCAGACUGCUCAUUACUAUUUAUUAUUCUCUUAUUUUACUAAAUUGGUUUUAUUUUAUUUUAUAUGUUGCUUGUUAUCAGGGAACACCAACAUUAAAGGCCAGAAGAAAAUGUAGUGGGGAUUCUGGUAUCUCAUUAGAACAAAGGUUGUUCCAGUCUGAGGCACAAACCACCCCAAGCUACUAUUCUUGAGCUAUAUAAACCAUCUGUAGUCUCUGCUUCUUGCUUAUUAUCUUCACACACCAUUGCUUCUUUCUACACACUCAUUCCUUAUUACCAGUUCAGUUAUUAGUUAGAGAAUAUGAAGAUUUCUUGUUCAUGAAA